UCAACGUUGCCCCCUCGUUUCCCCUAUAACUUCCUCCUUGCAAUUUACUGCCAUUAAUUUCUACUAUUAUUUUUGUUUAUUUAAAGCCCUUCUCAUUUAGCUGCACAACAUUUCAAUUUCUCUCAUCUUCUUCCUCCCCUUCUUCUCUUUCUUCCAUUUCCAUUCCAUAACUUUCCUUCUGCUUUCCUAUUGAUUCUCUCCGCAAAAAGAGAAAAAAAAAAGAGAAAGAAAAGCCUAAUCUUUAUUCUUUCUUCUUUAUUCCCUUACUUAUUCCUUCCCGGUUAAAGCUACACUAUUUAUAGUUGAAACUUGAAACUUGGAUUUGGGGUUUGUCUUUUUAUCCAAUCCAAGAUAUGGGGGUUUCAGGGAAGCCUCAAGUGGAUGCAGGGUUAGAAUCCGAAGGCAAAAAAUGGGUCAUUGCUGGGAUCUCUUUACGAGCUCCUUUGAAGCCUAUUUACACACAUCCAGUGGAUGAUCAGAGAGAUAAAGAUAGCACUGAUGACAAAGAAGACGAAUCCUGUUCCACCACUCCCACGGGACAAGAAGCUAGGAUUCCAACCUUACUCACAUGUCCACCUGCUCCAGUCAAGCGUAAACCUACUUUGAAGUGUAAUUAUGGAAGUGUUAGAGAGUUCUUUACUCCACCAGAUUUGGAGACUGUCUUCAUACGCCAUGUUUAAACACCUAACUCAUACUCUCACCAAACCAAGCUUGGACCAAUUUGCAUAAAAGCUUCAUAGCUUUUGCAUCUCUACCUCUAUUGUCAUCUGUUUAUCAUUUUUUUGGUACUGUUACUCUUACUUUUUUUUCUUUCUAAUUUAGGGUAUUUAAAUUGUAGUGAUCACUAGAAGUUCACGUACAGGGGGAAUCCAUAAAUAAAUAACAUGUGGAAAUUUAACUUCUUUUGA